UCAGAAAGUGGGAGAUGACAGAGCGGACGUGCUGCCUGUGUUAGGGGAGCAACAGAACUCCAAUAGUGAUACGAAUUAUUGGAACAGCAUUCAUCUGGGGAACUGCAGAGAGACAAAGCAGCUCUGAAGAAAUGCAUCCCUGUCAAAGACUGUUUGUUUCAUCUGAGGCUUAAAUAACAGCAGAAGUAAAAAUAGAGUAAUCCGGUGAGGGAGAAAGCAAACUGGAGCCACUGUAUCAAAAAGGUGUGUGUGUGUGUUCAUUUCUGAUAGCUAAAGAAUAAGUACAUUUUUGCGUUACCAGAAACUUUAUGGGACCAAUUUUGAAUGGGAGAAAUUGACUCCAGCCAAUUGGAGUUCAAGGAGCUCUGCAUUGUGCUACCAAACUCAGAUGCCAUGACAAAUGGAAUAAAAAAGGAUCAUUUGGAUUUUCUGAAACAUGUGUUCAACAUCUGGCUGUAUUUGUGAGCCCAGUAGUCUAUCCUCUGUCUUGAACUUUGAAAAAAGCAGAGUGGAAACUCCCCAUGUAAGGAAGAGGUUUUCUCAUUUUGCCCAGAGGCUGAAGCAGCAGAGACAACAAAACCAAUGUGAUUCAUCAAACAGUGACAGUGGACAAUUACCAGCAACUUGUUCAUGCUUUGCCUGGGAUAGCCUAAGCUGAAACCACUAGCUGAAAAUGACACAGCAAAUGCAUAACUUAAGUCUCCUCCAGACUAAGAAGAACAGCAUGCCUUCCUCCCCAAAUGCUGCCAAGCGACUGUAUCGGAACCUGUCAGAGAAGCUCAAGGGGAGUCAUACAUCCUUUGACGAAGCGUAUUUCAGAGCUCGAUCUGACCGGCUCAGCCUCCGUAAGACCUCAAUGAAUUUCCAGUGCAAUGAAGCUAUGUUUGAGGCUGUAGAACAGCAAGAUCUGGAUGCUGUUCAAAUUCUUCUUUAUCAAUACACACUGGAAGAGCUGGACCUGAACACACCAAACAGUGAGGGACUAACUCCUUUGGACAUUGCCAUUUUGACAAACAACGUCCCUAUUGCUAGGACCCUUCUACAUGUUGGGGCAAAGGAAAGCCCACACUUUGUUAACAUGGGAAGCAGGUCAGUGCAUCUGAGUACACUGGUCCAGGAAGCACAGCAGCGAAUUACUGAAUUGUCUGCGCAAGUGGUGAAUGAAGACCCUGGUACAGACAACACAGAGAAAGAGAAGCAACUAAAAACAUGGGAAUGGAGAUACAGGCUAUACAAGCGCAUGAAAGCAGGCUACGAGCAUGCUAGAGCCCCUGAGGCGCCAACCAAUGUCUGUCUCAUGGUAACAAGCAGUACAUCACUCACUGUCACCUUCCAAGAACCUCUGAGUGUCAACUCAGCUGUGGUGACCAAGUAUAAAGUGGAAUGGAGCUGUUCAGAAGACUUUUCUCCUUUGGCUGGUGAAAUAAUUAUGGAUAAUCUUCAGUCUUUGAGGUGCACCAUCACAGGUCUCAGAACGGGCCAGAGGUAUUACGUCCGUGUUUCAGCAUACAACAUGAGAGGAUGGGGACCUCCACGCAAAUCUACUCCUGAAUCUGCUUCUCCUUCAAACUGGAAAGACUGCAGUGGAAGAGAACGUCGGCACAGGGGACACACUGAGGCCCUGGAACGCCUCCUUCAGCAGGUUCGAGCAGCUCAUCAGCAUUAUAAUUGCAGAGAAAGCUCUAAACUACAGAAUGCUGGUCGCAAGCAAUCGGUUUCCAGAAGCCUGAAGCACCUUUUCCAUUCAUCAAACAAGUUUGUGAAGACUCUGAAACGGGGACUCUACUUAGCUGUUAUAUUUUUUUACAAAGACAAUUUAUUAGUAACCAAUGAAGAUCAAAUCCCAAUUGUGGAAAUUGAUGACUCCCACAGUAGCUCAGUUAUGCAGGAUUUCCUGUGGUUCACAAAGUUGUCUUGCAUGUGGGAUGAUAUCAGAUGGCUAAGGCAGAACAUGUCUAUAUCCGUGUCCUCAUCAACAGCACUUCAAGCCAGGCAAAAGAUGCUUUCAGCAGCAGCACAGCUACAGAACUUGCUGGGAACUCACAACCUAGGCAGAGUUUUUUAUGAGCCAAUCAAGGAUCGACAUGGCAAUAUGCUGAUAGUGACUAUAAGAGAAGUGGAGAGUCUUUAUUCAUUUUUCAAUGGCAAAUGGAUGCAGGUAUCCAAACUACAAAGCCAGAGGAAAUCCCUCUCAACUCCAGAGGAGCCAACAGCAUUAGACAUCUUGCUUAUAACAAUCCAGGACAUACUCACCUAUCACAAACGAAGUCAGCAGCGCCUCCCUCCCGGCUUGUACCUGGGUUACCUUAAACUCUGCAGCUCUGUGGAUCAAAUCAAAGUGCUUGUGUUGCAGAAGUUGCCUAAUGUCCUGUGUCAUGUUAAAAUCCGAGACAACAGCAAUGUCUCCAGAGAUGAGUGGGAAUGGAUCCAAACACUUUCUGGCUCAGAAUCUGUGGAAAGUAUGGAUCAUACUUCAGACUGCCCUACUCAAUUGUUCUUGUAUGAGCUCCAGAUGGCAGUGAAAGCUCUCCUUAAACAGAUCAAUCUACCUCUGCAUCAGGCUAAGCACUUCCGUCUGUAUACACAGGAGGUGUUGGAACUGGGUCACAAUGUCUCCUUUCUUCUCCUGCUCCCCGCCUCAGACGACGUCUGCACUGCCCCAGGACAGAAUAAUCCUUACACCCCACACUCAGGAUUUCUUAACCUCCCUCUUCAGAUGUUUGAACUCGUUCAUUUUUGCUGUUACAAGGAAAAAUUUAUAAGCUUGUAUUGCCGCCUUUCUGCUGUCAUAGAGCUGGACUCCCUGAAAACCCAGCAAUCCCUAAGGGAAGCAAUUUCAGACAGUGAAGUCGCUGCAGCUAAACAAAGACACCAGCAAGUUACAGACUACAUACAGCAAAUCGAUGAGAUCUGGAGGGAAAUGAGAUGGAUCACAGAAGCACUGCAGUAUGCGAGAUACAAGCAGCCAGCAGCUGGCCUACCCAUAAAGAAGUUCGUGGAUCUUUCAGAAGAACACUCUCAGAAGAAAAUCAGUUCAUCCUCUUCACAUUUAGAUUGUCUUCCUUCGCCUCCCCCUUCACCUGAGCCUAGGCUCCAGAGAAGAAAAGCUGUGAGUGACUCCCAGCCCUGCUCAGAUGAAGAAGGCUGCUCUGAAGUAUUCCUUCCAACUGACAGUGACUAUGAUUCCAGUGAUGCAUUAAGCCCCAGAGAAUUAGACCUGAUUUACUCCUCCUCACAGGACAUAUCUCAGCAGGCCAGCAGUGGCCUGGGUGGCAGCGCACCCGAUGUUCUCCAAGUCCAUGACAUGAAGCCUUGCCUAACAUUGAAAGAAGGCCUGACAGAGUGUAGUGCCUUUGAUACUAAUGCUGAAUGUUGCACAGAGGACAUGAGCAACCUAACAGUGUCAGGGCUUACAUUGAAAAGCAUAGACAAGUCCUCUAGUUCCAAGCAGGCACUGAGCUUUUUAGGGAAAAAGAGGCUAGGGAAACAUCAACACUACAACUACUUCAGCCGGCACCAUCGGUGGCUGCGUGUGUACAGUGAGACACAGUCUGGCUCUCUGUCUGAAGGGGUGUAUACUCAGCAUCUCAUGAGACCUUCAGAUUUGUCUCAAGAGCCUAGCUCCACUGAGCAGCUGAAGAUUCCCAUUGAUGGAUCUCGGAGCACUUUCUUGCCUCAUGCAUCCAGCCUUCCAGAAGAUGGGAAAGGCAAGUACGAGGAGUCAAGGCAAACUGUCCAUCAGAUACAUGUGGAGCCUUAUAAAGCAUUUCUGAAUGAAGACAGCAACUCCUGGGCAAUGAGCACACAGUCUGUAGAACACAGGGAUGUGCACAGUGCUAUGCAGCAGAAAAUGAGUCCAGAUGACCAGCUGGGUUCUGCUGUCUCGGAAGUCUUCAGCAGCACACUUUAACCUCAGACUUGUGCAUUGCUUCCCACUGCUACACAAUGAGAGAGUGAGCAUCGUGCAUAUAGGGCCAUACUUUCAAAACCACUUGGAAAACUCCAGCUCCUGAAAUGACAACUCAUGCCACUCAAAAGAAUCCUCCUCUUUUGACUUCAUCACCAGAUUUCUGGUCUUACAGAGGAAGUGAUGAGAUAAAACAAGAUGUUCCUAAAUGAAACCCACCUUGCUUUGCUUCGGCUCGUCAGGAACACUGAGGGCAAGAAGUAGCAAGAUCUACAGCAGAACAGGUACACGCUGCUGGUUAAGGAAGGAUGUAAAAAUCUCCGUUACCUACACCUGCUGCUGGACUUUUCCAGCAGUAGUCAUGUAUCUAAUAAUGAGCUGGAUUCUUUACUGGCAGAAAGGGCUUGAUUUCAUCAUAAUCUGCUGUGCUAAAAUGGAAUUUGAGAAUGCAAAUGCCAGCCACAAUGUACCCCAUCUUGAUUCUAACUUUGUUACAUGGAAGUGGUGUUUACGUGACGGCCAAUGGGGCAUGCUUCCCUAAUUCUGUUAGCUCUAGAUUGAGUUUCUUCCACAUACUUUAAUAGUCAAAGUAGCAGCUGAUAGUUCUGACUUUAAAUACUUCUGAUUAUAAAGCUAUGAAUUGUCUCCUGUUAGAAAUAUGUGUUCUUUGUUCAAAAUUAUUAUCCCUAUCUAUUCAGUGGGUGAUUGAACAGAGCAACGCCUUAAAAGAAUAGUAAUGAACACCCAGAGAUAAAUAAAUAGUACAAUAGUACAAAGUGGUGCCUCUCAAGUACUGUCAUAAUACUAAUCAUAAUGCUUCUGCAGUUGGCUUAGGAAGAUCACUCACACAUUUCACAAGCAGUCACAGCAAUUUAGAAGCAUCCUGCAAACUACAGCACUGUAUUCCCACUCCAUAAAGGCACAAGUGGCUCUUCUGAGUAGAGCUUAGAGUAAAGGCUCACAUUCAGGAAUCAAAUUAAAAUCAGGAACUCAGAUCUUUGCUUCAGUUACUGGGAACCCUUUCUCCAGGUUGGGCUCGAGUGCCCCUCCAAGGAUUCCUGACAGAACUGGGAAAUGUUGUGGCUCAGAGCUCACAGCACACUAGAGUUUCAUUAGCCAGCAGACAGCUCAUUCAGAUGAGUCUGUACUCACUGAAGCUCUGCCCUACAAUGGAUACUAAGGCUUCGCAAACUUCUGGAAACCUCUCUCUUACUCCUGUAUCUUGCCACAGAACUUUAUCCUGCAUUUUCUAGGGAGUGUAUUUUCACCUGGGCUGAACUCAGACCCUCCUAUCUCUAGUCAUGACUUAACUGGCUAGGAAAAAACAUACUGCUUUAAUAUUAUGACUCCACAGCAAAAAAAAAGAAUGUGGAUCAUAUCUCCCUGUUUAGUGGACUAAAACUUUCCUGUUUCUGUUGGUAGGAAGCAAGUUAGAGGCAAACUGCAAGGGAAUUCCUAGGAUCAGCAAGAAGGCAGUCUGCCCAUGGAUAGUUUGCCUCAAGAAAGCUGUGCCUCGAGCACUGAUUUCCCAGGCUCGUAUUUCUUCUUCUUUUGCCUUUAGGUAUCAGUUGACAAUUGGAUUUUCUAGACAAUAAAAGCACACACAGAGAAAUCUAUAAUAUUUUUAAACAUAGAUACAAAAAGGGGAGGGAGAAGAUGGAAUAUUUUAUCCUGAACAUUUAUGUUUAGAGUGUUUUGGAAAGAGAUGGUGCAUCUUUAAAUUCUCUACGGUAUAAAGAAAUGCGUUAAGUUGCUGGUCAACUCUUUUAAGGUGUUUAAAUGCAUGGCUCAUGACUGUUAUGUAAAACUUCAAUACAGCCUUACAAACAACAAGGGUAUAGUGUAUUUGAAAAUAUGGUACACAGCUUGGAAACUUACUCUGAAUUUCUCUGAGGUGUUGAACUUUGCCAUCAGCAAAAAGCAUUUUUAGUAAAGAGGCCUUGAAUUUUCAGACAACGGAGAUUUCAUCAGGUUGGGUCGGAUUUUUCCACUACAGAAAAACACUAAAUAGCUGGAAUAUGUUAUUUGUAAGUAUAAUCUAUCUUUUGAUUCCACCAAGUAGAAUUCGUAAGGCUAAAUCAUGCCCAGAAGCGAGCAGCAGAGCUGUUGGAACAGUAUAUUCUUUGCAAAACCCAAGGGCAACGUUCCCCAAGGCAGGCUGUGCAUUCUCCUCUGGCAGCUUUGGCCUCUUUUGUCCUAAGUGAGCAUCUGCAAAGUCAUGAGAAGUCAGUUUGUUGAUUCGACUGAAGCAGGCCCCACGUACUGCUGAAAGCUGUGCAGACCCUACCAGCUCAGAGGACAUCUCUUGGUCCUGGUGUUCAUGAGCAUUCACCCAGCUUGCUGUCUCUCAAAUGGAGCUUUGGGGGUGAAAUAAGAGCCAGGCUAGAAUACGUAUUCACACCACAGCACCUUGGGCAAAAUUUAGCCUUUAAAUCACUCACACUAUAAUAAUGUGUUAGUAAGCUUGUCUGUCAUUAGGCUACAGGAAACCUCGUCUUUUGCUUGUCAAAUAAUAAGAAUAGAUUUUUUAUGUUUAUGUUCAUUUUCUGCCUUGGAAAAGCUAUCUGAAAUUGACCUAACGUUAGAGAAAGUGGUUAGUGUAGCACUGAUCUACCUUAUUACUGUGAAUUGUAGUAAUUUAUUAAGCAGAUUUUAAGUUAAAUGCACAGAGGUUUUGUGUUUUGCUUUAUAUAAUGGUCAGUUUGAGGCCAAUUAUGCUGUCCUUAGACCUCACUCCAGGCUCUUUUGCACCAGUGUAAAUCAAAAGUAGUUCCACUGAAGGCAAGUCAGAUAUUAUUGCCUUGCACAGAUCAGCAUUACCUCCACUGGCUCACAAGGCUGGCUCGGCAUCAGCUGAGGAUCUGGGUCAGUGGAGUCAUCACGAACACAACCCAUAGAUGCUGGUGCAAAAAUGGCAUGACAUGCCAACUCAUUGCAAGCUUCAGGAUAACAGCAUCUUACUGGAGUAUCAUCUGUGGGUAUUUUCACACAUGGAAAACAUUGUAACCAAAACGCAGCCAAAGUGGAGCUCAGCAGCAGAGCGAAAUACUGCUUAAACUGUAAAAUAAAAUGUGACUGUCGGUCACCUCUGCUUCCUUCAUUUUCAGUUGCAAAACAUUGUUACCACAUUUACAAAGUUAGUAAAAGAAAAAAAACAAAUGCGAGUAAUUAGUCAUGUACAGUAAGCUAAGGAAUUAACUAGAAAAAACACUGCAAGACAAAGAAGGAUUUUUGUGUGCAUGUACUUAAAUUACUUUGGGGCAUUUCUGCAUGUACCACGCAGCUUUUAGAGCCUGGUUGUUCCUAUGUUUUGCUUGCCCCAAGCUGAGAUUUCUUCUUUAUAUGAGAAGAUAGGUAAGUGAACAGAGCAAUCCUUCCAGACCUUUCUAACAUGUUUGCCAUGGUUCCUUGAAGGACAGUGCUGGUUUAUAAUUGCCUCUGUGUUCUAUGCUGAAACGCUUUUAAACCAACUGGAAAGAAGUUAACAAACUCUUAUAGGCAUGUUUCUGACUCGUUCUUCUGACAGCAAAAGAUACCAUUUCGCUGCUCCAUUCAGAUGUAUUAACUUAUACAAACUGUCAUCUCUCUGAGCAAUCUUAUUAACUCAUUUUUUAAUUCUGCCUUUAAAUAAAAGCUUUGGGUUUGA